AAAUCUCCUAAUCUUUUCUCUCUAUCGUCAUCAUCAUUUCAUCAUAACAUCAUAAUCCAUUAUCACCAUUGAAAUCCUUGUUCUAUAGAUGAUCCUUCUUCCUCACUGAUCUUCUCCUGGGCUUUGAUUCUCCUUGUCUUCGAUCCUCGGUGGAUUCUAGAUAGGGAUUUAUCAUUACUUCUGCAACCCCGUUACAUUGGUAUCAGAGCUUUCGAGCUUCGGACCCAGGAAAAAAAAAAUCUAUGGCGAUGGUGAAUCUGUCUUCAGAAACUCUUCGUGAGAUGCUCAGCAUAAUUCGUGAAGCAAGAAACGAUUAGAAGAAAUUACGUGACUCAGCCUCCAUGAUUGCACAAUCAAAACCAGAAGAGCUGAAUCGGAAGAAGGCUGAAAACCCUCUGGGUAAUAUUGUCGGAACGGCGGCGAUACAAGCCCCUUUGUCCACGACCUCUACGAUCAAUCCGAUGAUGACAUCAGUCUCUCCAACCUCACCGAAACCCCCAGAACCUCCAGAUUAUUAUCAUAAGAAGCGGGUUCAGGAGGCUAAAGCUCCACAACUGCAGAACCAAAAGAUCUCUCUGAAGUACUCGGAUGAAGAGAAGAUUGACGAGCUCGUGGACAGUGUCUCUGUAGUUUUGGAUCAGAAAGAAAAGCAAGUCACUGAUCAUGAAUACAAGCAUGCCGAAGCUAAGCUUGCAGAUUAUUAUUCACUGUCAAAUGAAUAUCAGGAUGAUUCAGCAAAAUUGAUCAAAUCAUCCAACGAUCUCGAGCUCUCGGUUGAACGCAUAUGGGAGCCAGGUGGGUUACCAACUGAAGCAGCUCAGUGGUACUGGACAGAGAAGUUUUCCAGUCAUUGUGAAGCAUUUCUAUGUCCUCAGAUGCAAAUGCUGACUUGGGAUCCAGGGUCGUUUAAGAUGUUAGGAAGAGAGACGGGUAACAAUACUCAUUGGCUAGAAGACAAACGAGAAGCUCAACACAAGCAAAACGAGGUAAUGAAACUCACGUCAUCUUGGCACAACUGCUUGUGGGAACCUGGUGGAUCACCGGCUGAAGUAGCUCACUGGAACUGGAUAGUGAGUUGUCACGAACAUGCUGUCACGUUGGAGCUUAUCCUGAAGUUACAUGAGCCACAUUUGCAAAGGAAUACAAAGGGUGAGGUCCUAGAGUUGUCAUGUUCACAAAAGUUCGGAGUUGAGAAAGAUGUUGAAGCUACUGUAGGGAAGUGGCCAGAGAAACGUCAUAGGUUGUUGUUUUAUGCAACACUGCCGGUUUUGAUAACUGGAAAUAGAUACUCCAUCAAGAGUUUGAAAGUUACUCUUAGCAGACUUUUGGAUCAGAACUCUGCAACUAUGAGAAAGAUGAGAUGGCUUCACAUGAUAGAGUUGGUGUGUUCAAUGAUGAUAAAGCUUGAUGAGAAGAUUUCACUGAAAAAUCUAGAGGUUCAGGUCACUGAAGAAGUCAUCAGACAUGAACUCCUUACUGAACAUUCUGGAGCCAGCUAUGCCAAGCAGUAGGCGACUGCUAGUUGUAGGCCUCAGACAGUUUUGUUUUUGCUGGUCUGAAGUUCCAAUUGAAACACAAAUGGCGUUCUAGACUAUUGGAAGCAUUUUCAGAGAAGAAAACAAGGUCACAGGGUGGUUCGGAUUACACUGAAGACGACAUAGCUAGGACAUCUAAAGCAGAGUUCAUCUCAUCCUUUCGUGAAAGCAACGCACAUGCGAAUGGACUUCUGGUUAUAAGUCAGACGAUGCAGAGAAGUCACGAAUCAUGGUUGUUUGUGUGCUUGAUUGGAGUUAUCGUUGUGAAGGGCAAAACCGAAGGAAGCGAUGUAACAAAAGAUUUCACAGAGUAUAUAAACUGGUCAAAGCAAGAGAUGCAAGAUCAUACAGACUUCAAUCAGUUUCUCUUUGAUACAGAGGUGUUCCAAGUGAAGCAUAAAUGGAGAUAUAAACCAUUUCCAAUCGUCUCAGAACUGGAACUAAAGGAUGAGACCGCACUUGGUACUAGAAAUGAAGAUAUGUUGAGCUGUUACAUCACUGGCCAAGCAAGAGACGUGGUGGUAUCACUGCAUGUUGAAGUUAGAAUAACUAUUGAGAUGUCUCAGGCUUUGCUAGUUGUCACCAACUGUUAUGGUGAUUUAAUAAGUUAUGGAGAAGCUUUCUACAUCAGUUUUCAGUGUUACAAGCCUGUACAAGUCAUGAUUAAAGAUGAUAGAAACUCGCUGAAGGAGGUUAAAGCUCACAAGAAAGCUGUCACUAGAUGUCUUGUCCAGUGGAAGGAGCAUCCUCCAGACCAAGUACUCAUGCUAUCAUCCUUGAGGACAAGGAUGUUCUGAAGAAGGGAGUAUUGUGACAGCUUAAAGCUAUACCAGUUGGUUUAAUUAUUUAUGAUUUACGUUUGGUUAAGCUGGUUUAUUUCAUUAACCGGUUUGUUGAUACAAUCAUACUAUAUGUACUGGUCAUGCGACCAUUUUAGA